CUGGGACUCAUCUUCUACUUCUAGUUGCAAGUGGAGUGGGAUCACCUGCAACAAUGCCAAUUUAGUUACUGCUAUCAAUCUGGAGAAUACAGGGCUGAUUGGUCCUAUUCCUUCUUCCCUCUGUGGGCUCAGUGCCUUGAAAGUUAUUCAGCUGGGUAAAAAUUCUCUGUAUGGAAGCAUUGCAGAUGUGUUUUGGAAGAACUGUAGUCAGUUGGAAAUGUUGAAUCUCGCAACCAAUUCACUGAUGAGGUCUCUGCCAGACUUCUCUGUUCUGAGCUCGCUGCAGAUUCUCGACUUGUCAAACAACAAUUUUUCUAGUAAAUUUCCUCUCUCUGUCACAAACUUGUCUCGUUUGCAUUCAUUUGUUUUGUAUGGCAAUCCUCUAGAUCCCAAUAUCAUACCUGAAGAGAUAUACAGCAUGAAAGAACUGAAAGUUCUGUCUUUGUCCUGCAUUAACUUGUUUGGAGCCAUUUCACCAUCCAUUGGUAACCUUACAAAGCUGGUAAAGCUAGAACUCGCUUCCAACAACCUAAAUGGAACCAUACCAAAAGAAAUUACAAGGCUUUCCAUGCUUUAUGAGUUGGAACUGUGGGAUAAUUUUCUUGCAGGAGAGAUCCCUUCAGGGUUUGGGAACCUCACUUCUCUGAAUAUUUUUGAUGCCUCCUCAAAUUUUCUCAAUGGUAGUCUCUCUGAGCUUGCAAACUUGAGAAAUUUGGUCAUUCUUUACCUCUAUAAAAACCAUCUUUCUGGGUCAAUGCCCGAUGAGUUUGGGGAGUUCCAGUAUCUUAGGGACUUGUCUCUGUACACUAACAGACUUACUGGGCCGGUUCCCCAGAAGCUGGGGAGCUUGUCUGAUUUUAGAGCCAUGGAUAUAUCAGACAAUAUUCUUAGUGGUCCUCUGCCUCCAGACGCGUGUAAAAGGGGAAAAUUGGUGUUUUUCCUCGCUCUUCAAAACUCUUUCACAGGAGGAAUUCCUGAAUCAUAUGGAAAUUGUUCCACGCUGGUUCGCUUUCGGGUCAACAAUAACAGCCUCAGUGGGAUGGUCCCCUUGGGUAUCUGGGGAUUGCCUCAUGUUCACGUAGUUGAUCUAAGUGAUAAUAACUUUGAGGGUGAAAUAAGAAGAGAAAUAAAAAAUGCAAAGAAUCUUUCUGUUUUCACCAUCCAAAACAAUAAUUUCUCUGGAAGUAUACCCUCAGAAAUUGGACAACUAUCGCUCUUGGCCAAAAUGGAUGCAAGCAAUAAUGAGCUGUUUGGAAAGCUACCUAAAGAAAUCGGAGGUUUGACAAUGCUCAGUAGCCUACUCUUGCAGCAAAACAUGUUUUCUGGUUCAAUACCAGAUACAUUAGGACUCUGCACGGAUCUCUUUGAAAUUAACCUUGCAGGAAAUAAAUUGAAUGGUUCCAUUCCUGAAUCAUUUGGAUCCAUAAAAGUUCUCAACUCUCUGAAUCUCUCCAAUAAUCAACUCAGUGGCCAGAUUCCAAAUACCCUUUCUGCAUUGCAGCUAAGCUUACUGGAUUUUUCCAACAAUCAGUUGACAGGGGCAGUGCCAACACAGCUGAGCAGUCUUUCAGGAAAGAGAAGCUUUUCUGGAAAUAAGGAGCCUUGUGUGAAUGAAGCUAAUUCAGUUUUUUUUAGCCCAUGUGCUGCAGCUACUUCUUCUUCUUCUCGAGCAGGAUCCCAUGCCAGAAUCCUAAUUGUAAGCUUCAUUUCUGUAUCCGUAGUGAUAAUUUUUGUAAUUGGUUGGGUUUUAUACAAAAAAUGGUACAAAGUACCUGAAUCCCAGGAAUCUUGGGAUCUCAAGUCCUUUUGCAGGGUUACAUUCACCGAGGAUGACAUUCUUCGUUGCCUUAAGGAAGAGAAUAUAAUAGGCAGUGGCGGAUCUGGAAAGGUCUACAAAGGAGCAUUAAGUAAUGGGGGAAAAAUUGCAGUAAAGCAGCUAUGGAAUUGUAACACUGCCAAACUCAAUCAUUCAAGAGAAGAAGCGUUGAGAAACCGCCAAUUUGAGAUGGAGGUGGAAACAUUGGGACGUAUCAGGCACAGAAAUAUAGUUAAGUUGUAUUGCUUCUUGUCCAACGGAUACUCAAAACUCAUUAUGUAUGAAUACAUGAAAAAUGGUAGUUUGUGCAACAGAUUGCAUGAGGAUAAUAUGGGUUCAACUUUAGAUUGGCAGGCACGCUAUAAGAUAUCUCUGGGAACAGCUUAUGGGCUGGCCUAUCUGCAUCAUGACUGUGUUCCUGCUAUUGUUCACAGAGACGUGAAAUCCAGAAACAUAUUGUUAGAUGAAGACAUGGAGCCAUGUUUAGCUGAUUUCGGUGUUGCUAAAUGCCUUCAAGCCAGUGGAAAGGGGAAUUUUACAACCGUCAUAGCAGGCACCCAUGGCUACAUUGCUCCAGAAUAUGCACACACAUAUAGAGUGAGCAAGAAGAGCGAUGUGUACAGCUUUGGGAUAGUGCUGAUGGAGCUUGUGACUGGCAAACGUCCGAUGGAGGAUGAAUUUGGAGAGAACAGGGGAAUUGUUGAUUGGGUCUCUGCCAAAUAUUUAUCGAGAGAGAGGGUAAUUGUUGAGGUGUUGGAUGAGAGAGUUUGUAAAUUUUGCGAGGAAGGGAUGAUGAAGGUGCUUAAAAUUUCAGUGUUGUGUACCAGGAGUGUUCCUGCACAGAGGCCUUGUAUGAGAGAGGUGGUACAAUUGUUGUUGGAAGCACGCCCCUAAUUGGAAUCAUCUAAACAUGUCGUUAAUAAGUCACUCCUCUGUUAAAUGUAAUUUAGUUUACUGUGCCAACGAAAUUGAAUUGUUUUUCAGGAAUGCGCAGAGCUCAGAGUCAAAUUACAUGCAAUCAAAGCCUGGGAUUUUGCUAAUGGCAAAUCAAGACUAGGGCAGAGUCUUUUCUGUUUUUUAAUUCAAUAGUCCUGUGUCCGUUGGAAUACAUAAAACUUUUGCCUCAUGAAGCACGUAGAAGUUUUUGGUCGUGUUCUCACUUCGUAGAAAUUUAUAGUAGCAAAAUGUACACUUAAAGAAAAAGUGUGUUUUCGAAGGUAGGAUAUGUUAAAUAUUA